AUGCCUGUCGAAGAACUCACCAGCAUGCAAGACUUCCUGGACAAGGUCCUCAACGCCCAGGGUCCUGUCGUCAUCGAUGCCUGGGCCACUUGGUGUGGACCCUGCAGAAUGGUCGCUCCCGUGAUCGAGAAACUCAGCGAUGCCUAUCCUCAGAUCAAGUUCUACAAGCUCGACGUGGACGCAGUCCCCGACGUCUCACAGGAGCUGGGAGUCCGCGCCAUGCCUACAAUUUUCUUCUUCAAAGACGGCGGGAAAGUCACCGAGGUUGUUGGUACCCAUCUUGGUGAAAUCGAUACCCACGUCAAGGCUUUAGUCCAGGAGUAG